AUGCUAAAUGAGGCGGCAUACCUGCACCGGCGUAUUGUAAUGAGCUUUGCCGAGGAAAGACAUUUCCUAUAUUACUAUCUAUUCGGAUGGGGAGCACCGGUUCUAGUGAUGAUACUUUAUAUUAUCGUACACUCGCUCGAAGACUAUGAUACUCGUUGCUGGACUGGAUCCAUGUUUUACCCAGAACUGAUCUAUGACAUUUUGCCUGUUACUUGUAUAGUACUAAACGCUCUGCUACUAUUCAACGUGGUGCGGGUUUUAAUGACAAAACUACGUUCAUCGCCCGACCAUUUCCGUGCUGGUCUACGGGCAUCCCUGAUCCUAUUGCCAGUGUUUGGCAUCCAGUACACUUUCUACAUCGCGGACGUCGACCCAUUUGAGUCGUGCUCUACCGGCGUGUUUGUCGCCAAAUACAUACAGAUAGUGAUCGAAGCACUUCAGGGGGCGAUCGUCACCACUAUAUUCUGCUUUCUUAAUGGAGAGUCGUGUUAA